AUGCCCACUAUACGCCCUCUCUCAAAGUCCGUCCGCCCUCUCUCAAUGGCGACCCGUCUGCUAAGGUUGAGUGCUGUGCUACGGAACAAAAGCAAUUUAACUGAAGCAAGCAAGAGAUGGAGAUCAACACUCGCUGCACCAUCAUUCGAGCAGGUCAUUAUAAAUGGACCACCAAUGCGCUGCACCAUGUUGGACAACGACUUCCGUGUUGCAGCAGAAGAUAGUGGUGGUUUAACCGCUACAGUCGGCUUGUGGAUUGAUGCGGGGUCUCGUUAUAAUACAGACAGUACGAAUGGUGUAGCUCACUUUUUGGAGCAUAUGGCAUUUAGAGGCACAUCGAAAAGAUCCCAGACGGAUUUAGAACUUGAGAUUGAGAAUAUGGGUGCCCACCUAGAGGAUAUUCCAAAAUGUGUUGAAAUACUUUCUGAUAUCAUAUUGAAUUCUCGCCUGGGAGAACAAGAGAUUGAGAGGGAGAGAGAUGUUAUUCUCCGUGAAAUGCAAGAAGUGGAAACUAAUUUGCAGGAAGUAGUGUUUGAUCAUUUACAUGCAACAGCGUAUCAGGGCACAGCUCCAGGCAGAACAAUUCUGGGCACUACGAAAAACAUCAAAUUUAUAUCUCGCCAAGAUUUAUCAGACUUUAUUAAAACCAAUUACAAGCCCCCAAGGAUGGUUAUGGCUGGUGCAGGUGCAAUAAAGCAUGACGACUUAGUAAAAUUGACGGAGAAAAAUUUUAGCAGCCUUAAUGGCUCUUACAGUGACGAAAUUCCCAUUCCAACUCCAUGCAGGUUUACUGGCUCGGAGAUCCGCGUGAGGGAUGAUUCAGACCCACUUGCACAUGUUCCAAUUGCUGUAGAGGGUUGUGGGUGGGCAGAUGCAGACAACAUUCCAUUGAUGACCGCUAAUACCUUAAUUGGUGCAUGGACAAGAACACAAGGAGCUGGAGUCAACAAUUCAUUACGCUUAGCAGCAGCUGCGGCACAGGAUAACCUAGCACAUACUUUCCAGACAUUUAACACUUGGUACAAAGACACAGGCCUUUGGGGCAUUUAUUUUGUGUGUGACCCAUUGAAAUGUGAAGACAUGAUGUACAAAUGGAUGCGUAUAUGUACAGAAGUAACAGAGUCAGAGGUGGAACGUGCUCGUAACAUGUUGAAGACAAAUAUGCUUUUACAGAUUGACAGGUCAACGCCUGCUUGUGAAGACAUAAGAAGGCGGAUGCUUUUCUAUAACAGAAGGAUCCCAACUCAUGAAUUGAUUGCUAGAAACGAAUCUGUAACAGCAAAAAAUGUAAGAGAUGUUGGAAUGAAGUAUAUAUAUGAUCACUGCCCAGCACUGGCUUCUGUUGGACCAAUUGAAAAUCUCCCAGACUACAGCAGAAUCAGGUCAUCAAUGUACUGGCUGCAUGUGUAAUUGCACAUUGUUGAGGUACAGUGCAGAUGGAAAGAGUGAGAAUGGACCUGU